CCCGGAAUUAUAUAAAGACCGUUUCCUGUACUACUUUAAUCCCGAUAGCGUCAUACUCGUCGAGAAUUUCUAGGGUUUUCAUAGAAGCAGCAUCAAUUUACUCUCAGGAUGUCAGAGCCACCAUUCAGACCUAGGGAGAAGCUUCUGGAGAAGCAGAAAUAUUUUCAAAGCAUCCAGAAACACACUUACCUGAAAGGACCUUAUGAUAAGAUCACAUCUGUUGCCAUUCCUGUUGCUUUGGCUGCAAGUUCUUUGUUUUUAAUUGGACGAGGGAUCUAUAACAUGUCUCACGGGAUCGGAAAGAAAGAAUGAGGCUACUCAUGCUUGGGAGACAAUGUAUUCCUGGACUUCUGUGGUUUUUAGCAUGAAGUGGCUUGUUUAUUAGCUCUAAUAAUUGUUUGGUUUGCUUACAUUUUUGCUGCCAAUGGAAAUUUUAAAGCUACCUUGAUGGGCUUUUCUCAGUUUGAUUUUGAUUCUUUUGAAAGCUACAUGAUGUGAUAUCAGGAUUCAGCAAAGCUGUUAAUGUUUUCUAUGCUCAAUAAUUUGGUGUCUGUGUUCCUUAAUAUUCCUUGUAAAAA